ACAAAGAAAUUUCUAUAUUUGGAAUUUAGCCUUCACAAAAGUCCACACAGAUUGGACCUCCUACCAGUCCACUUGUUGGGUAAUUAUUAUGUUCUGCUUAUGUUCACAGCUUUGCUUUUAAAUAGUAUCUCUCUAGGCUCUAGCAACUCCACUCUUGCAAUUAUAUCAACAUUUUAUACUCUCCACAAUUUCUCUUCUAUUCUCUGUUUUCCACUUCAACCGACUCUCUCUCUCUCUCUUCAUCUCAUCAACCUUGACAACGUGAUCCAUCCGAAUCCUCAAGUCAAGAAUAAUCAGUCUAGGAAAAGAAAAGGUUGGAAGGCCAGGUUGUUUCAAGCAGCUUUUGGGCUUAACCAUCACUGCUGCAAGUCCUCAAUUCUUUCAAGAUUUGCCAAUAUAUUUCUAAUGGCUGCCACUAGCACUCAAUCUGCCUCAUCUUCGUCAUCAAUUUCUUCUUCAACACCACAAUGGAAAUACGAUGUUUUUCUCAGCUUUAGAGAUGUUGGAUUGGGGGUUCUUUUUGAUAAAUCUCUUGUUAAAUUUAAUGAUUAUACCUUGUGGAUGCAUGAUUUGCUUCAAGAAAUGGGCAAGAACAUAGUUUAUAAAGAGUGUCCUAAAGAGCCGGGAAAACGUGGCAAAACUACGGCUGUUUAA